CUCGUACACAUAUAUAUGGAAGAGCACAUAAGUUUCCUCCUUCUGAAGACAAAGACAAAGAAAUUAGAUGAAUACAUCAAAGGGAACUGAACGUAUAAACGAGGAAGGCGCUGUGGAAAUCAAGGUGGAUUCCGUGGAUUACAGGUCACCGGCGGGGUACGACGAGAAAAAUAAGCCGGAGAAGGAGAAGGAGAAGGUGGAAGUCACUCAUGUCAUCAAUCCCGACAGUCGAGAUCCUGCAAGUAACUAUGCUAACCCUGGCGAGGCUUUGUCGAGUCAAGAUCACCCCGAAAAACAUAAGCAAAAAAUUUAAAUACCAAUAUUAAUUGCAACGUUUCUUUAUUUUGAAUGGUGUACGAUGUUUGUGUAUAGUAAGUAUUGAGAUUUGAGACUC